GUCCUAACCAUGCAGGUUUUCUUGAAGAAAUUUCUUGAAUUCAAUAGAUGAGGUUUCUACGACAAAUGGGUUCUGGGCAGUUCAAGUGAAUGCCUUGAAUAUUCUAGCAAUUACGUAUACUGUUUUAUUGUGCAGGAAUACAAUUAAACCGUGAAAACAAGACGCUUUUCUCCAAUGAAGGAGCUGAUUUUAAUCGACUGUGCCGAUACAAGAGUGAUACAAACAUGCUUAACGAGCUGCAAUGGAUUCACAAUGGUGACUUAAGUCAGCCAGUACGCAGUACAUUGUCAUCAGCUCUGCCACUGGCUAUAGAGAAUGUCCAGCUCUUGCAUGCCGGGGAGUACAGCUGUAGGGCGAUGCUUAACAAUGGUAGUGUUGUUGGUCCUGUGUCGGCAGGAUUCCUCAAUGUUGCAGAUUCGUCCCAGCUGAUUGUCCCACCAAAACAGUACGUACUGAAGGGUGGUGAUAUUACACUUGAGUACUCGACAACGCUAACGGACAAUGUGUUGGGGGUGUGGCAAACUGCCUCGUCAAACGCACCUGCCGAUCCCGUGAUAACAAAUGCCCAGGUGGAGAAUGAGUUGGCUGGAGAGUAUCAAUACAAUAUCUUGUUUUAUUUGACGGACACUGCUGACCAAGUGAACACUCAGCGACAAUCGGAAGCUAUUGUAGUAGUUCCUCCACGGAUCACUGCCUACUCUCAGUCCCCAAUACAAGUCAUCGGAGGAUCCACACAAUCCCUGAGGGUCUCUUUUGUGAGCAGGACAAUGAACAGUACUACUGUCAGCUGGACCAGACUCAGUGGGAACAUGCCCUCGGGGGCACAGGUGGAAACAGUUUGGUUGGACGAUAGUACCGGUAAUGCAACGACUUCUCUCAACUUCAACUCUCUAACUAGAAGUGACAGUAGUCAGUAUCGAGUGAGUAUCACUAACUCUCAUGAAGUGGUUCCAGUAGACCAGAGAACAGUCAGCAAAAUGUUUGAGUUGACUGUGAAAGUACCUCCUGCUCUACCGGCUUCACUGUCAGCCGCUAGUAUCAACAACACACGUUACAACAUCACAUGGACUCUCACUCACACCACACCCGAUCAACAAGCCUCCACCCUGCUCAUUAACGUCUCCAAACCGUCCCCUACCAUCAUUCAGGUGCCCUCCUCAGUCAGUGAGAUCUUUGUAUUUGAAGUGGAGCCUGGUAAUGAUUACACUCUCUCUCUGACAGCUGCCAAUGUGGACGGGAGUGUCAGCACUGAUCCUGUAGUGUUCACUACUCCUGCAGCAGCUCCCCUCAUCAUCUCUGCUGAUGUUCAACGUCUCAACUCGACUGCUUUGAGCCUCACCUUUGACCUGCACUACACUGGUGGAGGUGACAUCACUACCAUCUCAGAACACAUGACGGGAAUGGUGGUCAGUGACGAGGUCAAGAGUUUGGAGUAUUCGACUGACUUGGAGUUCUCUGUGUCUCUCACAAACCAGCGAUCUCUGACAAUGGUGGCCAGCACUAGACAGAGCUUCAUUCCCCCUGGGGCCCCGACUGUGCAAAUGUCCGUCACAGAGACCUCCAUCAUUCUGCAAGUGACGCUGUCAGGAACAGCCACGGAGCCGAUAGAAUCUAUCGUCGCAGAGGUACAUGAUAGUACCCAACUAGUUGCUAUGACUAAUCGUACUGGAGCGUUCUCACGAGGGGAGGUGGUUGAAGUGACUGUUGGCGGGUUGAGCCCGGGAACACAGUACACAGCUGUGGCUUACGGGGUCAACGCUGGUGGUGCGGGGGAACAAAGCAGUCCGUUUACAUUCAGCACGGCUGGCUCCAGCACGAUGCUGUCCCAGGAGGCCGUGAUAGGUAUUUCCAUUGUGGGCUCAGUGGUGGGUACCGUUGCCUUGGUGUUGGCCAUCAUUGGCUGUUUCUACUGCAUCAGGCGAUGCAAGACCGGAGGAGGAGAGAAAUACUGUACUGCAGAUUACAAGGAGGAGCCAAGAUACGUGCAAAGAUCGGAUCAAGUACCGACCAAGAAUGGCAGUUUCAUCUACCAUUCCAGAGGGGAGGGCACGUACACUCCUCGCAGUCCCGUCAUCUCCUCCCGUGCCAGUUCCAGCGUACCCCCUCUGGGCACAGACUACUCGUACGAGGACUCCGAAGUCGACAUUGUGUUCCCCUCCAACGAACUGCACAAGAGACAAAACGACUUACUUGACAACCACUCCCACUUCCAGUAUCGACAUUCUCCUGCACCUCUCAAAAUAUCCCCAAAGCACCUCCUCUCCAACUCCUCGUCAAUGCUCAGCCCUGACCCUGAUAUCGGCUCCCCGCCACUCACUGCUCUCUCUUACGCUACAGACGUCUAACUGUUGUCAUAACUAAUGUAAUAAAUAAUGCAGCUGUCAGGAAUAACACGGAACCAAUAGAAUCUAUCGUCGCAGAGGUACAUGAUAGUACCCAACUAGCUGCUAUGACUAAUCGUACUGGAGCGUUCUCACGAGGGGGGGUGGUUGAAGUGACUGUUGGCAGGUUGAGCCCGGGAACACAGUACACAGCUGUGGCUUACGGGGUCAACGCUGGUGGUGCGGGGGAACAAAGCAGUCCGUUUACAUUCAGUACGGCUCCGACCUGUUGUGCCUCAGAAGAGAAGACACAAGCCAGUCCAGUCUACUGAUUCUCUACCAGAUGAGCUACAUAUGGAAAGCUUUCAUGUCUAAAGUGGCUUAUCUGAUGUUUUACAUGUAAGAACUGUAUAGCGAGAGUACGUUUCAUCCAGUAUAAUUAUUGGAUACCUUUUCAAUUCAGCCACACAUAAUUUUUGUACAUUACCAAUAAUUAUAUCAGCAUGCAUUUC